AUGCCGGUCACCGAGCUGGCGCGCCUCAGCCUCCAGUCGGGCACUGAGGCUUCAUCCCCAGCUCUACUGACGAACCUGGCCAAAGCAAAGGAGGCAAUGAAGGAGGCCAGUGGGUUCGAAUUCUGGUGUUACCACUGCGUGGAGGAUCCCAGGGUCAUCUUCAUCCUCGGAUCAUGGCCUUCAGUCGAAUUCCAUAUGCAGGACUUCAUCUCCAGUCAGCCGAACCAAGAGCUGCUAGCUCUGCUCAAAGAUCAACUGACUGUGGACUGGAUGUUCCAUCUGGAUAUCGACCAAGUUACACAUCCUCUGCCAUUGAGUCGAGACAUGGUCGCGAUUGUGCGGCAUUUCGUAAAAGAUGGCGACAAGGAAGCGUUCAAAAGCACAUUUGAGGCCACGAGAUACGAAUUGGAGUCCUUCGUUGGAAAAGAAAAGGUGGUUGGGGGAUGGAGAAUUGAUAAUGGGUAUGACCCAUCAGCCGAGGGUGAGAACAGAAAAGAGGAGUUCGUGCUGUUCACUGCCUGGGACAGUGUCGAGCACCAUGACAAGUUUGCAAACACGGAAGGAUUCCAGAAGUACAGUCAGAUCAGGAACAACAUCGAUGGAGCGGAGAUUAAGCACGCGAAACUGCUCGACGUUGGGGAGCUCGUCCGGAAGUGA